AUGGCUCAGGUUCAGGCGCAGCCACAGGCUCCGGCCUCUGGUACCAACGUGGCGGCGAACGGUGGAGCUGCCCCCGCGGGUGGCCCCGCCAACCAGUUCCAGUCGACGUCGCUGUACGUCGGCGACCUCGAGAUCAACGUCACUGAUUCACAGCUCUACGACCUUUUCAGCCAGCUCGGGCAGGUGGUGUCGGUCCGUGUGUGCAGGGACAUCACCUCGAGGCGUUCACUCGGGUAUGCCUACGUCAACUUUAGCAACCCCGUUGAUGGUAAGUCUGGUGGUUUCUUCUAACUGGGCUUGUAUCUUAUUAGUUUCGAUGUGAAUAGCGCUAGUUAUCACCUUUGUUCAUCUCUUAUGUUUAGGUUCGCCCAUUACUUUGCCCAAACAGCUUGUGUAAAUUUUAUUUAUAUUUUUUCUUGCGCCUACUUUAUGAUUAGACGUUGCCACUGGAUAAUUCAGUAUUUCUGGCCUGUAAUGCUCCAUUACGAGUCAAGUUCUUCUGUUUCUUGUGUUGCGGUUGGUAUUCGGGGAUGGGGCCAUUGACUUAGGAAGAAUAUUGGAAUCACUGUUGGUUGGCUGGUCUUCACGGACUGUUCUAUAUCCUUUCUGUUUAAUGGUAUGUGCUGCUGGCAUUUGGAGAUCAAUUGAUUAAUAGUAACUGAAGGUGAAGAUGGGGAUUGUGUUUAGGUCUUAUUCAGUGUUGGAUGUUUUUUUUUCUAUUGGGGACACCUUAUCGACAAGCCUUCACACACUCAGGUCACGUUUCUAUUUUUAUCUUCAAUGCAGUUAAGAUGUAUGCUAAUCAUUUUAUUGUUACUUCCAUGAUGCAUGAACUAGUCCUAUAAUUUACCUUGCAUAGUUGUUUAAAUCAUCAACGUGCUUUCAUUUUAAAAUAUCUCAUAAAAUCUGUUAACUCUCUUUGACUCGGAUCACAAUCUCAGUUGUAUCGUGUAAUAAUUGUAAAGAGAAGGAUAGUGAUGCUGGUCUUUUUGGUUUUACUCUGAAAUACAUUUUCUUGGGGGAAUCAUGUGGUAAUCUUUUGAUCACUGGGUGCCAUCCUGGUGAUUUUUCCCAUUUGUGAUUUUCGAAUGUUUAAAGUAAUUUUUAAGGCCGAAUCGAAAAAUUGACUCAUCAAUUCACGAUGUGGAUUUUUAGGUUCGUAGAUCUUGAAGGAUAUUGGAGCUCAUUUUUUUCCCUUCCGUAUAUGUUUAUGGAUGAACUAAUGUGGAUUUCUUUUGUAGCUAGCAUGCUGCGUUUCAGCAUAUUUUGCUAUCGAAAUUUAGUUCCUUGACUAUCUUCUUCUAUGUAAUGAGUUUGAAGUUUUAAAGGAUUCGAGAUUGAUUGUACCAGGUUUUCUUGUUGGAUUCAGUGCUAAAGUCUUUAGUAUUUUUAUGAUUGAAUUCUGCCUCCAUUAUUUUUCGCUGUUUUUCAUCAUUAUUUUUACUGAAUGGACAGCGGCCCAGGCUCUUGAAAUGCUGAAUUUCACUCCCCUGAAUGGGAAGGCCAUUCGGAUCAUGUAUUCAAACCGUGACCCUACAAUCCGUAAAAGUGGUGCUGCCAACAUAUUUAUCAAGGUUCUAAUAUUAUUUCCUUUCGCUGAUUUAUUUCUCUUGGGUCGCUUCUGCUGUAUGUUUAUGAAUUUUUUCAACUGCUAUUGUGUUCAACUUCUGUUUCAGAACCUUGACAAAGCAAUAGACAACAAGGCGCUGCAUGAUACUUUUUCUGUAUUUGGUAAUAUUCUUUCUUGCAAGAUUGCAACAGAUCCAUCAGGUCAGUCUAAGGGAUAUGGAUUUGUUCAGUUUGAGCAGGAUGAGGCUGCCCAGAAUGCUAUUAGCAAGCUUAAUGGCAUGCUUCUUAAUGAUAAACAAGUGUUUGUUGGACCCUUUGUCCGGAAACAGGAGAGAGAUAAUUCUUCGAACAGAACAAAAUUUUUUAAUGUCUUCGUCAAAAAUCUCUCAGAAUCCACUACAGAGGAAGAUCUUAAGAUAAUCUUUGGCAAGUAUGGAAAUAUUACGAGUUCUGUCAUCAUGAGAGAGGGAGAUGGUAAAUCAAAGUGCUUUGGUUUUGUCAAUUUUGAGAACGCUGAUGAUGCUGCACUGGCUGUUGAAGAACUCAAUGGGAAUAAAUUUGAUGACAAGGAGUGGUAUGUUGGAAAGGCUCAGAAGAAAUCUGAAAGAGAGUUAGAACUGAAAACAAAAUUUGAGCAGAACAUGAAGGAGACAGUGGACAAGUAUCAGGGAUUGAACCUGUACCUUAAAAACUUGGAUGAUAAUGUUGAUGAUGAGAAGCUGAAGGAAUUGUUCGCUGAGUAUGGCAGGAUCACUUCUUGCAAGGUUUGGCGAUGUCUCAUGACUGAUUUCCUCUCUUAUUUAUCCACCGCCAAAUCUUAUCUAGGCAAAAUGAGAACCUUUCUCUUAUUUUUCUUGGACAGGUGAUGAGGGAUCCUAAUGGGGUAAGCAGGGGGUCUGGUUUUGUUGCUUUUUCCACUCCUGAAGAAGCAAAUAGAGCUGUGAGUGUUGGAUGUAUUGCCACCCUCUUUUUUUUUUUUCUCUUUUUAAUAUACCAUCCAACUGAACUCUUCAUUAACUAGCUUAGUUUUUAAUCACAGUUGACCGGGAUGAACGGGAAGAUGAUUGGAAGCAAGCCCCUAUUUGUGGCACUUGCCCAGCGCAAGGAAGAUCGGAGGGCGAGGCUUCAGGUAAUUUUUGGAAUCUGUGCAUCUUAUUCUGCAUCAUUUAUGCAUAAAUACACCUUUUGAUAAGCUGAUUGUUAAAUUCUUCAGUCCGUGCUUCUACUAUCUCGAUUUUUUUUUUUGCGUUUUUCCUUCUUCAUUAGCAUUCAAGAAACGAGUCUCUCGCUUUUAUUGAAGUCAUGGCUGUAUUUCAAGAUACGAAUAUGUGACUUAAGAGGAAAAAAAAAUGUGCCCUCUGCCAUGAGGUGUUUCAAACUAUCCCUCGAAAAAGUUUUUGAACGUGAGUGUUACAUGUGCCUAUGAAUCGAAGAAAGGAGAGGCCCAUAGCUACUAGGAUCUGGGUUUCUGUUCCACAUGUCGUAUGCUAAGGGAAAUGCAUGUUUUGCAUACUGAGUCUUUUUGGAAGUACUGCCUCCAUCAGAGUUCCUAUAAGCAUCAGCAUUAUUCCUCGAGGCUUUGGGUGUUUUGUACCUAAGGCUUUCAGUUGAUUUCUUUUUGACGUGGCUAAUCAGAACCUUGGUGGAGUCUUAUAUCAUUUUAUUUGUUUCUCAAAAAAACUGCCGUUGAGUUAAAUCCUUGAAGGAAACAUUUGGAUUAUGCCAACAAGCUUGUGAUCUUGUCGUUCAGCACUAAACAUUAGAACCUCUAACUAUUUCCUCAUCGAUUUAUUUUUAUUUCUGUGCAGAAAAUCUUCAUAUCCAUAUUUAGCAUCUUAUAUAACCAUCUUCCAAGAUGUUGUUCUGUGAUCUUUAAUCUUCUAAAAAUUUCCGCGAUCAUGAUGGUUUGUCUAUGAAAUUCAUGCUCUGGCCUUAACAUUUUGGUGAUUAAGAUCCGUGGGAUUGCUGUAUUGCUCUUUCAUCUGCAUCAUAAUUAUCAUGGAGAAUCCUUCUUCUACAUAGAAACUGAUGCAGAUUACUUCGCUGGUUCAGUCCGCUUUUUGAUGCCCAUUGUGAUCGUCUGCGUGUUUUCUUUCCCCCUCCCAGCUGAAUCCCGGCUGGCCAACCUUUAUCAUGGUGUCUGUGUUAUUGACUAGGAAUUCCGGUCCCCGCAGGCCCAGUUCUCCCAAAUGCGACCGGUUGCUAUGCCGCCUUCUGUGGCUCCCAGGGUCCCAAUGUACCCCCCUGGCGGACCUGGCCUUGGGCAGCAGAUCUUCUAUGGUCAAGGCCCUCCGGCUCUCAUUCCGCCUCAGGUAUACACAUUGCAUAUAAAUAACCCAGUGAGAUCUCCGGCGAUUUAAUCUCCCUCUCUCUCUCUCUCUCUCUCUCUCUCUCCCACCUCGCCUGCCCAGAAGACGGCACCUAAGAAGCCCUCUUCUUCUCAGUUGGCAGUUCUCUUUCUUGCUGAUUUUUCUGAUCUUUCUCCUCAACUUACGGGGAGACUCUGAAAUGCUUCUGGUUUUGGUACGUGACUGAUGAUGGAGCCCCCCCCCCCCAUACUGUAUGGCGUGUUUUGCAGCCCGGCUUCGGCUACCAGCAGCAGCUCGUUCCCGGGAUGAGGCCCGGUGGCGCGCCGAUGCCUAACUUCUUCGUCCCGAUGGUCCAGCAGGGGCAGCAGCAGGUGCAGCGCCCCGGCGGGCGCCGCGCGGGCCCUGGAUCCAUGCCGCCUGCUGCUCACCAGCCCAUGCCCCUCCUCCAGCAGCAGGUAAUAACAAUUUAGCCCCCCUUCCCCCCCGUGCAGCCAAUUCUGAUGAUGAUCCUCGGGUGGCGGCGGCGGUGGCAAUCCUCUCUCUCUCUCUCUCUCUUUCUCUCUCUAAUUCUGUGCGUGUGUGGGUGUGCAGAUGUUGCCGAGGGGUCGGAUGUACCGGUACCCGCAGGGGCGGAGCAUGGGGGAGGUGCCCAUGCGGGGCGUCGGCGGGGGGAUGAUCCCCAUGAACGGCGGCAUCCCCUUUCUUGAAGCCGGCGUGUCCCAGCCCAUCCCCAUCGGCGCCCUCGCCUCGGCCCUCGCCAACGCCUCUCCCGAGCAGCAGAGGACGGUACGUCUCUUCUCUUCUUUCUAUUCUUUUAGAGAGAGAGAGAGAGAGAGAGAAUGUUGUUGUGACCGAGUGUUGUGGCGUGGUGGUGGGGGAGCAGAUGCUGGGGGAGUCGCUGUACCCGCUGGUGGAGCAGCUGGAGCACGACGCGGCAGCGAAGGUGACGGGGAUGCUGCUGGAAAUGGACCAGACGGAGGUGCUGCACCUGCUUGAGUCCCCGGACGCCCUCAAGGCGAAGGUCGCCGAAGCCAUGGACGUCCUCCGCAACGUUGCCCACCAGCCACCACCGCCCGCCGCCGCCGCCGACCAGCUCGCGGCCCUCACCCUCAACGAUCCCCUCGCCCCCUGA